AUGGUGCACCCCACUCUGUUCUUCUGGCUACUGGUGGCCAGGCUGGCUCCUCAUGCCUGUGGCCAAGGGGCUCCUGACCAAGAAAAUCAUCCAAGCGCGGUGGACCUGUCGGCCUCCUCAACCUUCCUGAACAAUUCCCACUUUGCCUUCAGCCUGUACAGGUGGAUGGUGGCUGCGAGCCCAGGCAAGAACAUCAUCUUCUCCCCGCUGAGCUUCUCCAUUCCCCUCACCCUGCUGGCUCUUCAAGCCAGGCCAGAACUGCGCACCCCGGUCCUAGAGGGUCUGGGCUUUCCCCUCACCCAGGUCCCAGACGACGGGGUCCAUGCACACUGCAGUCAGCAACUCCUUGCCUCCCUGCGGCCCCUUGCGGCAUGCCGGCCAGACGUGGGCAGCACACUGUUUGUGGACCAGAAGCGGCACCUGGCGCAAAGGUUUGUCGACAUUGCCCAGAACCUGCAGAACACAGAGGUCUUCCUCAUCCCCUUUGGGAACAACCACAUAGCCAGGGAGCAGAUGCACCACUUCACCAGCAAGACGACCCACUUCAAGAUCAGGAAGCUGGCCCAGGAGUUGAACCCGGACACAGUCUUGAUUCUGGUCAAUUACAUUUUCUUUAAAGUGAGCGAGGGGGUCAAGAUCCUGGUGCCCAUGAUGCAGCGGCCGGGCUGGGUCCAGCUCCAGCGUUUCUACCACCUGCACAGCUAUGUCCUCCAGCUGCUUGCCACCGCCACACCACUGCUGUCUUCCUCCUACAGGCAAGGCCAGGGACACAGAGAGGCUCUGAUGAAAGAGAAGUCUGACACAGGGUCUCAGCCCUUCCCACUAAGCCAACUGGAGCAGCUCCUGCCCUCAAUGGGCAUGCCGGAUAUAUUCAGUUACCACGCAGGAAUCACGGGCAUUUCUCUGCAGACCAUCCCCAUGAAGAUCUCCAAGAUUAGCACACCAAGGUCCAGAACAGGAGCACGAUCACAAGCCAAACUCACUGCCCCAACACUAAUAUUCCUGGGAGGAUCUGCAAACUCAGAUCACUCUCAUGACCUUCUGGCAGCUUCACAUCCCCGGCUGGUUCUGGACUUCCUCCUCUGCCUGCAGUCAGUUCAUGCCCUUGCUGCCUGGACCUUGGCAGACCUGUGUUCCUUUGGAGAAUUGGCUCAAUAA